UCACCUUUUUGACUCGAUAACGCAGCAGAAGCAAAGCAUUUAUUUUCCUUUACUUUGGAUCCAUUAAUUAAUUGAUUAAUUUUUUAUUGAAAAAAUCAAAAUUGAUGAACGGAUAAACGAGUUCGCGUAUAAUUGAAGGACCGAUUUCUCUAGAGCGUUACAGUGAGAUCAAUCAAUGGAGUUUCUGGUUCUGAAUUAGGGUUUAUUCAGAGAACGCAUGCGUUGUUGAGUUUCAGGAGCUUGAGAAAAAUGGAGAAAGCUCCUUCGACGUCGCGCAGCUAUGCUUAUAUGGAAGCUCUAUCGCAAGAGAUAAAGAAGAAGCUUGCACGGGCACUUGCUUCUUCAACACAGAGACGCAAAUUGUUGCAGGAUCUAUUUGCUGACAUAGCUCUAGAAGUCGAUGAACGUGCCAAAGAUGCUAUCCUUUGCAGGGGCGAGGAUGGAAUAUCUUCUGUUGAGGCAGAUGCUGAUGGCCCAUUAUGUUUCUUCGAUGUCCUUGCUGAUUACUAUGUGAAGGUGCCCGAAAGUGGAAAAGAUAUACUCGAGUCGAUGUUGCAGCUUUGGAGCCAGUCGUUUGCAUCGCACAUUUUCUAUCUGCUGUUCCAUAAAUGGUUGUUUGAGGUUCAGCUCGACAAUCAAGAAAUACUCCUGCGCUAUUCUUCUGCUCUUGUCCAGGGAGCAGCAAGUGUAUUCUGGAUUGACAUCCAGACAAAUGCAUGGCGUUUCCAAACUCUCUUUCGGUAUCUCCUUGAGAAAGUUGCUUUGGAGCCUUCCCGACUCAACAAAAUUCCCAUUCAGGCUCAGAGGGAUCUGUAUUUCUUGCUCUCAAGGUUCAUUUUAUUUUACAAUUCAGUUGACAAACUUGAGAGUUUCUUGGGGCACUUUCCUGAGUUUCCAAAUACUUUCUUGGUUGGAGGGCCAGCAGAUUUUUUUGUUAUCGAACUCGCUGACCAGCUGCAAAAGUUAAAGGUGGAGCCGGUGCUGCUACAUUAUCUCUCUCAGAUGAAGGUUCUUCGUAUGGAACUGAGAUUGACGACAAGUACGAGGUUGAAAACAUGUUUGUACAGCUUUGCCUCCCCUGGAGGUCCGAUGUACCCCACGAGAGCUGUUCGUCAUGCAGCAUGGGCUACAUUGGAUUCUCUUUAUCCUGUGAGUGUGUUCUUAUUAAAAAAGCAUCUUUGGCCACACACACACACACACACAGAUAGAUAUGCCUUUGAAGUUCACCUAAAUUCCAUCUUACAGUAUUAUCCAUGUCGCCUACAGUUGGUCUCUGUCCUCUGUCUAGCAUUUGCUGAUGCGUCCUUUCUUUUAGUAGGUUGGGCAAAAGAAACAUGAACAUCGGGUACCUAACAUUAUAUAUUAUAUAUAAAGAUGACAUAGAAAGGCAAUGUGAGCUAAGGAAAAUCCAAUUAUCGGAUCCAAGUACACUUCUGAUAUGUGUUUCAAAAAACAUCGGAAUUUUGUAGUUAAACUUGGAUACGGUAACUGAUGGAUAUCCAAAAUUAUCUUGGUACCCCGUUAUUUGGGCACCCGACCAAAAGGGAUCUAAGUAAUUCUCGU